UUGGUAACUCAUUAAUAGAAUAUUAGUGCUUAAAUGACAAAGAUAUUAGUUAUGCAAUUGCUAAAUCUUUUUCUGUUUAGUAAGUAUAAAUAUAAUUUGUUUUUAUAAUUAAGUCUAUUUUAAAAAUAUUCAAGCGGGGUCGGAUAACCCUAUUUUCAAGCCUGAAAUUCUCACUCGAAGUGCCCGGACCAACGAACGGCCCCUCUAGGGUCCCAUUUUAGUUUAGCUAAUCCAGCUUCGUGCUUGAAUUUGACAGUGAUUGGAUAACAUUCCUGGCCAGAACUCAAUUUCAUAGAUCAACUAUUUCUACAGUCAAACAAUCAAACUAGCCUUGCGACUCUUCUUUCUCUCCUCAUUUUAAUGAUACAUGUUUCACUUGCAUUAAUCCUUAAUAAAUUAUGGAUACUAUGAAUUUGAAGUCUGGAAAUAUCGAAAGUAAACAUGUGGAAAGUAAUGGUUCAUCCAUUAAAAUAAAAGUCUUGUUCUUUGCCAGAGCACGGGAUCUAACUGGCUUGUCAGAGAUGCCAUUAGAGGUAUCAUCUGGUAGUACUACGAAUGAUUGUUUGAAUAAGCUUGUUGCACAAUUCCCCAGUUUGGAAGAGAUUCGUCGCUGCAUAGUUCUUGCUCUAAAUGAGGAAUACACAACUGAGUCAGCGAUUGUUAGAGAAAAAGAUGAAUUGGCGAUUAUUCCUCCCAUCAGUGGCGGCUAAUUAUUCAUACAAUUUUCUUGAACUUAUCAAGAAGCAAUAGUGUGAAGAAUUGGAUGAAAAAUAAGGUAAAUUUCAAGUAAAUGUAUAAAUGCCAUGCAUAAUCCUUUAUUGUCAUUGUUAUGUGAGCAAUUUGCUCAUAGUCCAUUUUGGAGGUAAUGUAUGUCUGAUAAUUGAUUAUAAAAGUUUCAAGCACCUUCUCAAUAGAAAGUGGACUCCCAUGGAUAUGUCUGAUGUGAUAUUUCUCCAAGCAUUAGAAUUAUAAACGUGUGGAACUAUAUUUUGCUCAA